AUGGCAUCCUCCACCUCUCCCUCAACAUCCACCCCCGCCACCUUAAGCGUCUCCUUCCCCUCCCUACACCCUACAACCGGCCUCCCCAUAACCUUCAACAAAGACUACUACUUCAACGUGCAUAUCGCCAAGUUCGCGCAAACCUGCAUCCCCUUCGGCUACCUCGGUUACCAAUUCUUCGAAUUUCCGAACCCCAGCCCGUUCACAGGAGAGCCGCCCGAGUAUGCGUUUCAGACGGUCGGGUACUUUGAGACAAUGGAGGGGCUGCAAAAGGCGGUAGAGGCAACCAAGGAGGAGGCUAUGAGGGAUCUUAAGGAGUUUGUGGACUUGGGGGAGGGGGUGGGGCCGGCUGUGGUGGUGGGGAUCAAGAGUGAGGAGAAGUGGUUCGGGAAGGGGGGUUCUUAA